AAAAAAUUGACUUCUCCACCAUUUGUCAAACUAAUCCACAAUAAAUGCUAAUGGUCUAUUAAAGCCAUUGUCUCUUAGCUUCCCUCUCUUUUAGAUUUUUCUACGUAUUCAUCCUCUCUGUAAUCCUCAGUCUUUACCCUCAUCGACACUUGUCCUUCACAACCCAUUCUGAGAAUUUUAUCAUUAUCAUUAUAUAAACAUCUUUGACAAUUCAAAGCUUCAUUUUUUGUUGGCUUAAAAAUAGGGCAGUCAGUGGCUUGUUGAUGAUGAGCAUUGGUACGAAGAUUUUAAGGAAUGGGCUACUUCUGGGUAUUGUUUAAUAUGUCUUUACAAAGAAAUGUUAUGGGUAUAUGAAGCUGACUUAGCAUCGAAAACCAGGACUUUAAGGGAUUUCGUUUCCUUCUCUCUCCCUUUCACUCGCUGGAUAUCGAUAGAUGCCAACGGCUUCUUUAAUACAAGCUCCAUGUGGGUAUUUAACAAGAUUUAGUAACUUAAGGUAUGGAGCUUAUGGAGGACCUGUCGGUUCCACCUCAUAUUCACCAUCCUCUUCUUCCUGUUCGUGUUGUUCAUCUCAGGGAACUAACUUCUCUUCUGGUAAUUUAUUUCUUUCCUUCUUUUUGGGAUUUAACAUUUGUUUUUGGCAUUGUAUGUUGGUUGCUCAUUGAUGAGAGCUUUAAAAAAUUGUUUGUUGCUUGCUUAUUUGUUUAUCUUUUAGAGAGAAUUUUGUGAAUAGGAGCCGUUUUCUUUCUAAAGUUUCAAUUUUCUUUUUUAAAAUUCUUAUGUGUAGCUCUGAGAUUACAUCUACAUGUACUUCUAAUUUUAUAGCGCUUUUGGGAUAUUUUUGAGAAUGCUAAUUUCAUUAACGAAGGUCAUUUUUUGAUUAUGGGAGAUUCAAUCGAAGUAAGAAGAUAAAUGUGGUUUGUUUUGAUUGCUAAUUUCUAAGCAGCUUACAGUUUUAAACUGUGGAAAUUUAUGUGCUAAGGGAACUGGAAAGGCUUUCAAUUUAUUUUCUAUUGUGUGUGUUUCCUCUUUCCCCUGUCUCUUGUUGCAACCUCCUUGUAGAUUCUAAUGUCAUUGUUCAGGCUCCUACUAUUUGAACUGAAUUAGUUUUAGCUGCAAAAGUUUAUAAAAUAAGAGCUAAAAUCUCCAUAUCUAAUUCUGAAAUACAUCCGUAGCAGGGACACUUGACAUGAGGCAAUCCAAUAGUUAGAUAUUUAAUUUUCAAACUCUGGGAUCAUGCGCUGCCAUACAUGCCCAGUGACUAAUUGAGUUAGAUCAUUGGAAAUUUCAUCAGAUUUCGACCUGACUGAAACCCAACACAUGGGUCUUUUGAAAGUUCUAUGAACUAAAUGCUAGUGAUCUUAAAUACAUAAUCAAAAGAAGGUGUUAUUAUAUUAGACCUUUUCAGGAAAAUCUUUAUGUAGAAGUUUUACAAUUUUAUUUGUCAAGGGAGUCCCUGAUGGAUUUGUAAAUUUUUACCUGUACUAAGAACCAAACUGAUCCUGUCCUUGAAAUGGAUCAACAUGAGAUUAACUAUAGGCUUAAGAAAAGCUGAAGUGGUGAAAAGACUCUAGAUGGUACCAAGUUAAACCCAUAAUACAUUUAGUAGUUUUGUACAUUCAUAUUCUUUCUGACUCAUCUGUGCUGCAAUAUCUGAAACCUAUGACAAAUAUCAAAAGUUUAAAAAAAGAAAAGAAAACAUAUAAAUUUUGGUUAAUUGAUCUCUCCAAAACCUAGAAGGUCAAGAAAAUUAAAGGAUCACAUAGGCAUCAUCUAAGCAGCAGGCAGACUCAGUUUUCGUGACAUGCAAGCAUACCAUCUUGAUAUUCAAAUUAGUUAGCUAGGACUUUCUAUGCAUCCACAUCUUAAUCUGCUGUAAAGUAUAUCUGUUAUGGUUCUGUAGUUUUGUCAACUUCUCUUUCUUGCAUAAGAAGGAUUUAUUUCAUGAGCCUGCAUCAUCUUAUCUCUUUAUGUAUGCUUUUGUUGUAUGGUGGUUGAUAGUUUUUGGCAGGUUAAUAUGCUCUCCUUUUUAUUUUAUUUUAUUUUUUUGAAAUUUACGUACAUGAAAUAUGCAUGCAUAAAUCUCAAUAGUGCGUUUGGGAUUAUAAGAUCUGUUGAAGGUGUAAAUAGUUAUUGGAAAAACCAAGGCCUUAGAGCUGAAGCUAUGAAUACUACAACUCAAGGAAAAUUUUCAUCACCCAAGAGAAUUGUGAAUGGGAAUAAUGAACCCGACCAUCUUCUUGUUCUUGUUCAUGGCAUCUUGGCUAGGUAUAUUAAAUGUAAUUCAGGAUCAAGCAGAGUCCAAACCAAAGCCUAUGUGACAGUUGUAUCAAUAACUCCCAUUGCCCACACCCUUGAGUUUGGCGUUUUGAGAAAAGAUGUCAACCAACAGUAACAUUGGUUUUUGCAAAUUUUUCCCCUUCAAAAUGUUGAAUGACCAGUAUUCUGCAUAAUGCAGCCCAAGUGACUGGGCAUAUGUAGAAGCAGAGUUGGAAAAGCGUCUUGGAAAAAACUUCCUAAUUUAUGCAAGUGCAUGUAACACCUAUGCUAAAACCUUUUCUGGGAUUGAUGGAGUGGGAAGGUGACUGGCAGAUGAAGUGGGUCUUGCAUCUUGAGAUCUUUGAAAUCAUUAGUUUUAACAAAUGAGAGUUUGACUAUUUCUUGGAUUUUCUGGGAAUGGGUUGUGACAUAUUCAGUUAUAUCUCUCUUCAUUCUUCUUUUUUCUGAAUUUUAUAAACAUGUUGUGCAAAUUGUAAAGAAGAUGGGUAGUUUGAAACGAAUUUCCUUUUUAGCACAUUCUCUUGGUGGCUUGUUUGCAAGAUAUGCUAUUGCUGUUCUUUAUUCAGAGAAUGCCUUAUAUACUGGUCAAUCCAAUGAUCUUGCUGAUUCUACACUUCCUUGCUCUGCAAGAAGAGGUACAAUUGCUGGAUUGGACCCAAUCAAUUUUGUUACCCUGGCAACUCCACAUCUUGGAGUGAGAGGAAGAAAGCAGCUUCCAUUUCUCUGGGGAAUUCCCAUUCUAGAGAGACUCUCUCCGCCAAUGGCUUCUAUUUUGGCAGGUCUAACUGGUAGUCAACUGUUUCUAACUGAUGGUAAACCUGACAAACCACCACUUCUUUUAGGAAUGGCAUCAGAUUGUGAAGAUGGAAAAUUUUUAUCUGCCCUUGGUGCAUUUAGAUGUCGCACCUUCUAUGCAAAUGUAUCGUAUGAUCAUAUAGUUGGCUGGCGUGCAUCCUCCAUAAGGAGAGAAAAGGAGCUUGUCAAGCCCCCUCGACGAUCUCUGGAUGGUUACAGGCAUGUUGUAGCUAUUGAAUAUUGUCCACCAAUCUCAUCUGACUGCCCUCAUUUUCAUCCAGAAGCUGCUAAAGCAAAUGAGGCGGCACAAAAUGAACACAGUAUGCAAAAUACAGUGGAGUAUCAUGAAAUCAUGGAAGAGGAAAUGAUACAUGGAUUACAGCGGUUGGGAUGGAAAAAAGUUGAUGUCAGCUUCCAUUCGGCAUUCUGGCCCUUCUUUGCCCAUGACAACAUACAUGUGAAAAAUGAAUGGUUUCACAAUGCUGGCGCUGGUGUAAUGGCUCAUGUUGUAGACAGCUUAAAGCAGCAAGAAUGCUUCUUACUCAGACUGCUAGCUUGUAGCUCUUAGGGCUUAGACAUUUUUAUGCGUGCAUUUAAGUAGUGAUUAUAUGCAGCAAAUAAGCAUAACAGUCUACUCAAUCAAUUAAAGAAGAGUUACUCUAAACAUUUAAGAGCUUUCAUCCUUAUUAUUGAACUUCAUCUUGCUCUCUUCUGAACUAAUCAAUCUCUAUCAUCUUCUUGAAUUUUUAUUUAUGAGUUGAAAGUGAUAUACACCCAAAUCAACCUUAUUUGUAUUUAUGAGUUGUUUGUAUUCAAUUGGAGGUAAAGAAGUCCAGAUGCAAUAUGAGAUUUUGGAUACCAUGCAGUGGGAAUCAGCAUUAUCUAUGCAAGAAGAAUAGAAUAAUAAUGUGUGCCUCUACAUGUGAGGACUGUGCGCCGGUGAAGGUCUAUUGGUUUUAUCAAUAGAGAAUGGCACUAGCUAUCUUUUGUAUUCUCUCCUUGUAUUGAUAAUCUUUAGUAUUCUCUCCUCUUUACUGUACUGUUUUCGGCACUUGAAGAGAGGAAAGAGCACGUCAAAUUACCACAUGUAUGACACAGAAAUUAUAAUCUCAAAAAUCAUCAACUACUCCAAAACUGAUUGCAAGA